AUGUCAUACACUCUUUACGACGGCUCCAUCGCCACUGCCCAGGAUAAUCUUACCUCUCUGAAGGCAAUCCUCAAGAAGGCCGAGGCUGCUCCCAACGCUGCUAGUCUCCCUGAUGCCCGCAUCCACGAGGACAUGCUGCCCCUGAGCUUCCAGGUUCAUGUUGUCUCGGAUAUUGCUCAAAAGAUGGUGGCCCGCAGCACUGGCGCCGAGCCGCAGAAGCUCGAGAAUGACCUCAAGACCUUUGACGACUUUUACAAACGAAUCGACCAGGUCCAGGAGCUUUUGACCAAGACUGACAAAGAAGUCGUCAACAAGCGAGUUGGCGACCUCGUCCCCAUCGGCCUGGGGCCUGGCAAGAAUGCUGAGCUCCCCAGCCAUGCCUACGUCACCGGCUAUGCCAUCCCGAACCUGUUCUUCCACCUCGUCACCGCUUACAACAUCUUGCGCAAGGAGGGCGUCCCUCUGGGCAAGAUGGACUAUCUCACUCCUUUCAUCGGAAAGCACGUCUCUGAGUAA